GUAUUGGUAUGGAAGGCAUUACCUGUUUUCUUGCGGGAGCCUGGGGCGCAGGUGGGGGUAACACAUCAUACGCUGAAAACAUCGGAGCUAUAGGAAUCACUAAGGUUGGAAGUCGGGUUGUGAUACAAAUAGCUGGAAUUAUUAUGAUAAUUCUUGGAUGUCUUGGCAAGUUUGGAGCUUUGUUUGUCACAAUACCGGAACCCGUAAUUGGAGGCCUUUUCUUUGUCAUGUUCGGUAUGGUUGGAGCCGUUGGGAUUUCAAACCUGCAAUUUGUAGAUCUCAACUCAUCAAGAAAUCUGUUUGUUUUUGGCGUGUCCAUGUUUUUUGGGUUAAGUGUGCCCACGUGGAUGACCAACCACCCAGAAAGUAUACAAACAGGAAAUCAUAUUGCAAAUCAAGUCAUACAAGUUCUUACAGGUACCAGCAUGUUUGUUGGAGGAGUCUUGGCUUUUAUACUGGAUAAUACAGUGCCAGGUACUAUAGAAGAACGUGGACUUCACGAAUGGAAGAAAGUCACCGCUGCACAAGCUGAAAACGUUGGCAAAACAUAUGAUAUCCCGUUUAUACAAAAGUAUCUAGACCGGAUUUCUUGUUUCAGGUAUGAUUUUAUUCAGACAUUAGUGAAGAAACAGACGUGA